AUGUGGGUCGUGUAGGGGGUGUAGCCCCUCACUGUGAGAGCCAGGCGUGUAACCCCCGAAUGGGCAAUCUGGUGCUAGGCCGCAGGGUCCUGACCCAGACCGUAUGUGGCUACAAGGGCACCGAGCCCUACUGCUCCUACUCUGACCCCUCCUCCUCCAGAGAGCCCUGCCCCCCGGCCAGGUGUGGGGAGUGCAACGCGGCCCUCCCCCUGCAGGCCCACCUGGCUGCAGCCAUGGCCGACUCCUCCUUCCGCCACCCCAACACCUGGUGGCAGUCGGCGGGGGAAGCGGAGUCUGAGACUCUGCAGCUGGAUCUGGAGGCGGAGUUCAUCUUCACCCACCUGAUCAUGGUGUUCCGCUCGCCCCGCCCCACCGCCAUGACACUGGAGCGCUCGCAGGACUUCGGGCAGACCUGGAAGACAUUGCAGUACUACGCCAGGAACUGUAGUGCUACCUUUGGACUGGAGGAGGGAAAGGCAGUGCUGGACGGGGCCCCCUGCACCUCCAAAUACUCUGGAGCUUACCCCUGUACCAGGGGAGAGGUAAGGAGGGAUUGAGGAGGGCUUGUGUGUUUGUGUGUGUGUGGUGUGCGUGUGUGUGUGUACAGAGGCAGACAGACAGACAGGACUGUCUGAGACAGAACCAGGUGUUAGUCCAGACAGCAGCUCAGACUCACACCUCUAGCCGUCCAGGAUGUGUCCUGUUAUGGUACCUUACUUAUGGACGGAUGAACAGCUGGAAGGAAGGAUGAUAGAUGUUGGCUACUGUACUACACACAGGAGUGUCCACUCCACUUCCCCCCAUUCAUAAAGCUAACCUGCAUAUUCCCCUGUGUGUCUAAAUCAUGGGUCUCUAAUCUAAAUACAGGUACUAAUCAAAACCGUGAUGAGUUUAAUCAGGUGUGUUAGUGCUGGGCUGGAACUCCAGUCUGCACACACAGUACCUCUCUACAGCUCUCUACAGCCAGGGUAGUCCAUAGUACCCAAGCUAGCAGCAGCACUAUGGAGGAUAGUGUUACUACUACAGAAGGGUGGUUAUCAGGUGGGUGUGGGGAUUAUGUGGCACGAAAGGGUUCCUGGCAGCUUCUUGAUGUCUAACUGAAACAGUGUGUGAGGGGUUUCAGCUCCUACCAAGGCAGUGCAGGGCGCUCAUGUAGUGCAGGGUUCCCCAAUUGGCAGACCACAGGCCCAAUUUGGUGGUUUUAUUUGGACCCCCAAGUUUUUGAAAAAGAAAUAACAUGAAUUUAAACAAAAUUAUGUAUAUAUAUAUUUUGUUGUUGUUGUUUUUUGGAAAUCUGUUGCCAAGUAUUCCCACACAUAAUAGAGAUACACGUGAUCAUAAACAAAUGUAAGCAUGGUUUGAAAUUAUUAUAUUUUAGUCAAAUAUUAUAUCUGUUUGGUCAAUUUUCAGUCUACAAAUUAUAUCCAAUUAUGUUCCAUCCCCCCGACCAUCCACUUAAGAAAAAAACGGCCCGCGGCUGAAUCUAGUUGAUGAUCCCUGAUGUAGUGCAUGUUGACUCUGUAAUGGCACUGCUCCACAGGCUUUCCCCCGGUAGGAUUCCCUACAUAUAAUCCUGUCAUCUUUUAUGACCCGCUUUAUCGUACAUCCAAAAGCAGUCUUCCCCUGUGAGUGGUGUGUGUGUGUGUGUGUGUGUGUGUGUGUGUGUGUCCAUGCAAUUGUGAGCAUGUGAACGUGUGUGUGUUUGUUUGAGGGAGCCAGCUACUAUAAGAUACUGUUGUGAUGUGCGUGCAAUGCAUGUAUGUGUGUGAAUGCUUGUGUGUUUUUGUGUGUGUGAGGGAAGCAGCGAGACACUGUGAUAGUAGCAUGACCUUUACCCUCUAACCUCUGUCUGAUGACCCUAAGGUCAGGGGAGGGGUCAAGACUCCAGAGUCCUUUCAGCUCCUCAUCACAGAGCCUGCUAUACUAAACCAUCAUCCACUCUCUCUAUCACUAUGGCUACUGUAUUUAUCUUGUGAUGUUCAUCAUUAAGUAAAACCAUAAUGCCAACUGACAGCUCAACUGUCUGUGGCCUGUUUGUGAUGACAGCAAGGCAUGUACAGAACGGUGUGUGUAUGCUUUACCCUGGGAGCUGAGAGCUGUGCUCUGUGUCCUUAUGUUCAUACAGAGGUCCAAGGUGCAGACACAAAAAUGCCUUACCCUGUCGUCUUUCACCUACUAGCUCAAUGUGUCAAGUGCAUGUUUGUGUGUGUUUGUGACACGUAUUGAGUGUUUGAGCUUAACUGGUGUAACAAUUAUGUGUCGAGUAGGUGACUGUGUGUAGGUGUUUGCGUAUAUCCACACGUGUGUGUGUGUGUUUAGUCAGUGUUAAGUGUUUGGGCUCCUGCAAUCAGAUAAGUGUUUAGCUGUGAUGGAUAGCAACAAGGAAGGAGGAGGAGGAGUGUCUUAGCUUGGAGCGAUACAGUGAGGGAGAAGGUAUUCUCAGCUUUCCCCCUCCUUUAUCUGAUGAACAUUAAAAAGCAUGUCAUCUCUUGUGCUGAGAGCUGAACAUGUUUCGUCUGAAUGGGGGAAAACAUGAGAGGCUUGUGAGUUCAGGUACUAGCUGAAGAGGUCUAGAUAGUCUCUCUGUUGGUGAGCUCAGGGCUCCUUGUGUUAUUUAUGAGGUCAGCUGGGCUGGAAGAAUGUGUGUGUGUUGUUAUAGAGACUGUGACCUCCUUAGGGAGGGAGCCGUCCAAACAAGCCACACACACACAUUGGCGCGCACGCACACACACAGCUCUCUCUGUCUGUCUGUCUGUCAGGGAGGAAGCGCCGUUGCCCUGAUGGAAGUUGGUCCUGCAGGCGAGACGGCCCAUCCCCCUCCUCUCUCUCUCUCUCUCUCUCUCCUCUCUCUCCUCUCUCUCUCUCUCUCUCUCUCUAUCAAUGCCCAUUGUUCCUGUUUACCAGAUUACAGUCCACAGUGCUUUGAUGGAAUUAGGGCUGUUAAAGCCAGAUUUACACUGUUUUUCAGACUAACAGGAAGAAAAGAUUAUGAGCGUAGAAGUGCCACAUGCUCCCCUGAAUAAUGUUUCUGUGGGACUGCUCUCUCUGUUUCUAUAGUUAGGCAGAGAGACCAAACCCAGACAAUGACUUUACAUUUCAUAUGCACGAAAAACUUUAAUGAGAUACUUAAUUUGUUUGUUUGUAUGUGUGUGUUAGAGUUUGCAUUCGUUGUGUGGUUUGCAUGAAGUCUGUACCCUUUGCCUGCAGCUGGAGCAUCCGGAAGGCCUCUUGUGGAAUUUUUGCAGGGUUUGGGAAUGUUGAUUGGGGAAGUGUGUGUGUAGUUGGGAAUGUUCAUUGGAUGUUGUGUGUGGAGUUUGGGAUUGUCCAUUGGGGAUGUGUUUGUGUGUGUGACAGUGUUGCUGCAGUGUCGCCGGACUGUCGCAGAGCCUUUGUCCAGGGCUGAGUUAUGUGGGGCUGCAUCUCUCGCCCACUCUUUGUCUCGUCCUCCUCUCCCGCGGACUGGCGCCCCUUGCCCUAUUGGUUGUGUUCCCUUAAUUGCGGAACACAAUGCUGUGACUCUGUGACCUAUUCCAACAACAGGGAACUUAAUAGUGCUCCUCCCAUCACACCCCAGGCCAGCCAUACAACCAAUGGGGACACAGCAUGGGCUCGACUCACACAGUCAACUCCCAAAAACAAACACACACACACCCCUCACCCAAUUAUAUCUAUGUCAGGGAUAUAUACUCUCCACCAAUAACACACCCUCCCAGUAUCAGACACUUCCCUCAAUGUCAACAAACUCCCCUUAAACACACACACUCCCCUUGUAACACACACACACACACACUCCCACACACACACUUUUGCCCCAGUGAUAUCUGUGGCAGAAACACACAGCCCUCUCAGGAACACACUUUACCCUCAACAACAGCAGCAGUGUAAGCAGGUUGCCAUAGGAGCAGUCACCGGGGUGAUGGCAGUUGUGCAUGGGCUGGGGGGUAAUAUGGAGGGAUCAUCAGUUUAGGGAUGCAAGACUCAGAGAGAAAGAAAGAAAGAGAGACAGAGAGAGGUGCAGAAAAACAGAUGUGUUGUCACCAAGUCUUGCAUAAUAAUAUAUUGCCACUAACUCGUAUCAUUUUGAAGCAUUACUGACUGACUGGUUGAUUGACAGGUUAUCUACCGUGCCCUCCCCCAAUGGGAAUCUCUUGACCCGUAUGGGGCGUCAGGCCAGGAGCAGCUGAGGGUGACCAACGUGCGCAUACGUCUGCUGGAGCGCCAAUCCUGUCCCUGCCAGGUCAAAGAUCCCACCGCUGGAGCCCCGCCCACCCAGCACUUCGCCAUCUAUGACCUC